AUGGGGAUUAAACUGGGCAUAAACAAUGAAGAAAAGUUGGAAAAAAAUGACACCAAUCAAAAAGAGCCUGUUACAGAUAUUUCAACUAACGAAAUAAGGUGUACAGAUAACAAUGCCAGUAACACAUACAAGUCCGACUCUUCAAUAAAUUCAGAUGUAAGUGAUACAUUAGUAGAAUUCAAACCACCUGCACUGUAUGCCCACGAAGAAUUACCAGAUGCGAUUGUUAUUGAACCAGUGGCUUCAGAUAUCAACACAGCAGAAUUAGCAUUAAAUAUUAGCAGUUCAUCGAAAAGCGUAGAUAACUCUAAACAUAAUGAGGAUAGGCCAGAAGAAAUCAUGUCAAAAUCUGAGCAAGAUCUGGAAGCGAUAGUAAAGGGGAAAAUAGAUAAUUGGACACUACCAGAUUUUUGUUAUAUAUGCAUGAUUAAUUUAAUGUGGCCCGGUAGAGCUGAAUUUCAUUAUAACUCGGAUAGGCAUAAACAUAAUAUUGCGGUGUAUAGAGAUGGGCUUUUAAAUUACCUAAAAUCUCAACAAACUCUAAAAACGAUAGAAAAUGGACGAUACAAAGCAGUGGAAGGUAAAUUAUAUGCUUCUGAAGAAAAAAAUAAUUAUGGUCCUGAUAUUGUUAAUAUUAAUAGCAAUGAUUGUAAUACAACUGAAGGUGAAAAUGAAACUACUGCUUGUUAUAAUAGCAAUGAAGAAGAGCCUGUUAUAGAUGAUUUAGAGGCACAGAAGAUUAAACCUGAUAUAAACAACGGAGAAAUGUUAGAAAAAAAUGAUACCAAACAAAAAGAGCCUGUUAUAGAUAUUUCAACAAACAAAUUUGCAGAUAACAAUGCCCGUGACAUAUACAAAUUACAUUCCUACGUAGACGAUACAGAAGACAACUCUUCAAUAAAUUCAGUUGUAAGUGAUACAUUACCACAAUCAGAUGCUAACGUGGGUGAAAUUAACGCAGCAGAACUAGCUUUAGAUAUUAAAAAUUCAUCGAAAACCAUCGAUAACUCUAAAUAUAAUCAAGACAGGCAAGAAGAAAUCAUGCCACUUUCUGAGCAAGAUCUAGAAGCGAUAAUAAAGAAAAAAUUAGAGAAUUUGACACUGCCGCAUUAUUGUCAUAUAUGCAAAACUAAUUUAACGACGCCAGUCCGAGCUACAAAUCAUUAUAAAUCAAGAAGGCAUGAACGUCAUAUUGCGACACACAGAUAUAAGAUUUUCUAUGAACUAAAAAGUGAACAGCAGGAAGCAGUGGCAGGUAAAAGUUAUAGCUGCCUUGUAUGCGACAUAGAAUUAAAUUCCAAAGAGUUAUACGAAACUCAUGUUGAAAGCUGUAUCCACGAAUCAUAUGCUUCUCUAGUAAAAAGUAGUAACAGUCAUGAAUCUAUUGUUAAUAUUAAUAGCCGUGAAGGUAAUGAUUCAUUGAAAAGCAUAGAUAACUCUAAAUUUAAUCAAGAUAGGCCAGAAGAAGACAUGCGAAACUCUGAGCAAGAUCUAGAAACGACAGUAAAGGAAAAAAUAGAUAGUUUGACACUAAUGGAUUAUUGCUAUAUAUGCCUAGUUAAUUUAAAGUCGCUAGUCGAUGCUAUAUCUCAUUAUAACUCAGAGUGGCAUAAAUGUAAUAUUGCGACAUACACAGAUGUUUUAAAUAACCUUAAAAGUGAACAAGAUAUAGAAGCGAUAGUAAAUGAAAAAAUAAACAAUUUGACACUACCCACUUAUUGUCAUAUAUGCAAAGCUAGUUUAAAGUUGUCACACAAUGCUGAGUCUCAUUAUAAAUCGGAGAGGCAUGUACAUGGCAUUAGGGUGUACAGAGAUGAGAUUUUAAAAAACCUGAUAAGUGAACAACAAGAAUUAAAUUCCAAAGAGUUAUACGAAACUCAUGUUGAAAGCUGUCUCCACGAAUCAUAUGCCUCUCUAGUAAAAAGUAGUAAUAGUCAGGAGACGGUUGUUAAUAUUAAUAGCCAGGAAUGUAGUAUAAAUAAAGGUAAAAAUGAAACUGCUGCUUGUUAUAAUACCAAUGAAAAAGAGCCUGUUGUAGAUGAUUUAGAGACACAGGAGAUUAGACCUGUUAUAAAUAAUGGAGGUAUGUUGGACAAAAUUAAUACCAAUCAAAAAGAACCGUAUGAUUCGGAGAGGCAUAAAUGUAAUUUUGCAGUGCGCGGAGGUGAGAUUGCAAAUAAACUAGAAAGUACACACGCAACCAAACUACACAAAGCAGUGGAUCGUAAAAGUUAUUAUUGUCAUAUAUGCAACAUCCGAAAGUCCAAAAUGUUAUAUAGUGAUCAUGUUCACAGCGCUGUCCACCAAUUAUAUGCGUCUCUAGCAAACACUAAUUUUGAUCAUACUCGUAUUGUCAAGGUUUAUAGCAAUGAUUGUAAUAUAACUAAAGGUGCGAAUGAAACUACUCCUUGUUAUAAUGCCAGUGAAAAAGAGCCUGUUUUAGAUGAUUUAGAGAAACAUGAGAUUAAUCCUGAUAUAAACAAUGGAGAAAUGUUGGAAAAAGUUAAUACCCAUCAAAAAGAGCAUACCCAUCAAAAAGAGCCUGUUAUAGAUAUUUCAACAAACGAAAGAGAAUUUGCAGUAAAUUCAGAUGUAAAUGAUACAUUCUUACAAUUUAAACCUGCACUUUAUACCUACGAAGAAUUAUUAGAUGCGUUUGUUGUCGAACCCGAGACUGAAGUAAAUAACAACACAGCAGAAUCAGCAUUAAAUGUGAGCAAUUCAUCGAGAAACAUAGAUAACUCUAAUAACUCUAAAUAUAAUCAAGCUAGGCAAGAAGAAAUACUAGAACUAGCUCUAGAACCGACAGUAAAGGAAACUAUAGAUAAAUUGACGCUACCAUAUUAUUGUCACAUGUGCAAAGCUAAUUUAACAUCGCAACAUAAUGCCACAGCUCAUUAUAAAUCAAGAAAGCAUAGACGUCUUAAUGGGGGAUACAGAAAGAAGAUUUUAAAUGAUCUAAAAAGUAAAAAGGAAGGACUCGAAGAUAGAAGUUAUUGUUGCCUUGUAUGCAACGAAGAAUUAAAUUCUAAAGAGUUAUACGAAAUUCAUGUUCAGAGCUGUGUCCACGAAGCAUAUGCUUCUCUCGGAAAAAGAAAUAAUCGUCACAAACCUAUUGGUAAUAUUAAUAGCAAUGAUUGUAAUAUAACUGAAGGUGAAAAUAUAACUGCUGUUUGUUAUAAUACCGAUGAAAAAGGGCCUAUAGAUGAUUUAGAGAAACAUGAGAUUAAUUGUGAUAUAAACAAUGGAGAAAUGUGGGAAAAAAUUAAUACCAAUCAAAAAGAGCCUGUUAUGGAUAUUUCAACAAAAGAAGAAAUAAGAUUUGCAGGCAACAAUCCCCAUGACAUAUACAAAUUACAUUCGUACUACGUAGAUGAUCCAGAAGAUGACUCUUCAGUAAAUUCAGAUGUAAAUGAUACAUUCUUACAAUUUAAACCUGCACUUUAUACCUACGAAGAAUUAUCAGAUGCAAUUGUUAUUGAACGCAAGGCUGAAGUAGAUAACAACACAGCAGAAUUAGCAUUAAAUGUUAGCAAUUCAUAUAACUCUAAAUAUAAUCAAGUCAGGCAAGAAGAAAUCAUAUCAGAAUCUAAGCAAGAUCUAGCAGCGAUAGUAAAGGAAACUAUAGAGAAUUUGACACGAACGGAUUCUGCUUGUUAUAAUACCAAUGAAAAAGAGCUUGUUAUAAAUGAUUUAGAGAAAAAUGAAAUAGAAAUUGUUGUAAACAACGAAGAAAUAUUGGAGCAAAAUAAUGAGCAGUUAAAGAACACAUUCAACGAGAUCUCCGAUAUCGAAAAUUGGAUAAUAGACAAGCAUAAAAAUGAAAUAAUUGCGAUACUAAAACAAAAAUUCACUAAUUGUGAGAAGACCGAGUGUUACAAACUUCAAGCCGAAGUUUUUUUACAUCUAAAACAAAUAAUUAAUAAAAUAUAUUGCACAGAUUCUCCACCUUUAAUAGAAACUUUAAAGGUGUUAGAAUCUGUUCACAAAAACUUGCACAACCCUGUUCAAAUUAGUGAGGAAAAAUGCACACAGUUAAAAACUGGCAAAGUUUCUGAGGUGGAACCUUUUAAACGCCAAUCAACCAGCCGGUUUGGUUAUGUCAACUUAACUGUCAUGGCAACUGUCACGGCAACUGUCACAGCUUGUGUAUGGUGGUUAAUAAAGAAAAGGCAAUAGAUUUCCUAAAAAAGAGCGAAUAUUAACAACAAUAUAGGCCAAAUUGAGUAAAAAAAUACUUUUUCAUACGUCACAAAAAUUAAUAUGAACUAACUGUCAAAAUAUAGGAUAGUUGCGAUUUUUUUAAAUACUCUUUGGUAUGCAUGGAGUCAGCCACAACACAGAUCUAGACUGUAUGUUCUUUUUCACCUAUUUUUCUCAAAUAUUAGUUAUAGUACAAAUAGAGUAGAUAAUAGUAUAAUAAUAGAUAUAUAGUACAAAUAUUAGAUUCAUGUAAGUAAUACUCCCAUAAGGCUAGUAUAUAAAAAUACAUAUCACAAUUCGUCUGCAAAGACUGAAAUAGAAAAGUGUAUUUAAGUGGGGAAGCAAGAGAGAUAAAGGAGAGGUAUACGGCAUAACCGAUUGUGUAUCACAUUAUACUAUCCUAUAGUCUAAAAGCUGGCUACAUAAAAAACCUUA